AUGUCCAACGGUUCCGAACAACAAGCCAAAGAUCUCAUUGCUCAGGCUCAAAAAAAGCUGAAAAGCUGGUCACUCUUUGGCCCAUCCAAUAAAUACGAAGAUGCUGCGGAAAUCUAUGAAAAGGCCGGCAACAUGUAUAAACUAGCCCAACAAUGGUCACUGGCUGGCGAUGCAUUUACCGAAGCGGCCAAACUAUACAAGAAAGGCAACAGUGCCAAGUUUGAUGGUUCGAGAGCAUAUGAAAAUGCAGCAAAGUGUUAUAAGCGAAAUCAGCCCGCAGAUGCUGUAUUUGCUUUGAAGGAAGCGAUUUUGUUGGAUCAAGAAGGAGGCAACUUUCGAGCCGCAGCGAGACAUUAUCAGGAGGCGGCCGAAUUAUGCGAAAACGAUCUCAACGACAGCAAAGAAGCCUAUGAGUCUUAUCAAAAAGCAGCCGAGCUAUUUCUUGCCGACGAUUCCCCGGCACUGGCCAACAAGUGUCUCCUCAAAGUUGCUCAGAUUGCCGCGGAGAUGGAUAUGUACGAUGUGGCCAUUGACAAAUUUGAACAAGUGGCGGCUGCCUCGGUCGACGACGCUCUACUCAAAUGGUCCCUGAAAGAAUACUUUUUGAAAGCCGGUUUAUGUCAUUUAUGUACUGGUGAUAUCAUACGAACGAAACAGGCCGUCAACGGUUAUUGCGCCAUGGAUAUGUCAUUUGAAACCACUCGAGAAUAUAACCUUUUAAAGAAUAUCAUUAAUUGCGUUGAUAAUGGCGAAGUGGAACAGUUUACGCAGUGUGUGUAUGAAUACGAUAAACUUACCCGGUUAGACAGCUGGAAGACGGCUCUUCUCUUGAAAAUCAAGAAAUCUAUCGAAAUGGAGGACCUGCGCUAA